GGGGGACGCACCCUGAGCGAAGGCACGUCUUGUGGAGCUGCGCCUGAGAGCGAGGGGCGUCUGAAGGCGGGCCCUUCCUGGCCCCACCCCUGCCGGCCCCGCCCCCCGUGGCUGCAGCUCAGCGCCCAGCCAUGGAGAUUUGUGAGUGCCUGCUCCUGCCGCUGCUGCUGCGGAUGCUGCUGCUUGGCGGUGGCUGUCCCCUGGUGGGUGGCUGUGACGAGACCCGCAUGCUGGAGGUACUGCCCCUUUGUGGGAAAGCCUUCUCGAGCAUGAUGCAGAGGGUGGACGUCUGGAGGUGGUGCGACCUGUCAGCCAUCAUCGGGUACUACGAGAGCUUCACCAACUGCACGGAGCAGGAGACCCACAGUGCAGGCUGCUAUUGGCCACACCCUCUGACCCACAGCUACAUCACCGGUGUCCACAGGCAGUUCUUCUCCAACUGCACUGUGGGCCUCGCCCAGUGGGAGGACCCCCCCGACGAGGUGCUCGUCCCGCUCAUCGCCCUGCCAGUGCUGCUGACCGUGGCCAUGGUGGGAUUGGUGGUGUGGCGCAGCAAGCACACUGACCAGCCUCUCUGAGCAAGCCUGGGGCUGCGAGAGCAGGAAACACCCCCACCCCCUGUGAACUUGUGCUUCUCACCGGAGCUCCUCAUGCUUUCCUGGUCUGGGGACAAAAUGUGACAGAGUUGGAGCUUGGGUGUUGGGCACAGUAGUUGAUGCUGCCCUGCCAUUGCUCAGGUUGGGCCCUUGGGGGGGCAUCCACCUCAUCCCCAGCCCAGUCCUGGGUACCUCCUGGCAAGCUCAUCUCUCACAUUCUCCUCCUUCCUAUAAGUUCCCCAGAUUCUGACCCCCUUAGUCCCAUGCCCCAGGUCCUCCCCCAAUCAUUCCCUCUCUCUCACCCUUACUGGAUCUGACCUCACCCUUCACUCUGACCUCACUUGAGCUAGGGGUGAGGGGGAGAGGGUGAGGGCUUGGAGCCCUUUUUUGCUUUGCCAUCCUGGAGUGUCCCCCACUCCCAACCCACGCCCUGGCAGCAGGAGACUGAGGCUGGGCUGAUGGGGUUCCCAGGUGCCCUGUGGGACUUGCAGACCUGCUGUCUGUGCUGGUGACCUGGGGCUGAAGUGGGAGAGUCUCCAUGAUGCCUUUCCUAACAAGCUCCUCUGGAAAAGGGGCUCCUGGGGAUGGGGUGGGUGGGGUGGGUGCUGUGAGCUAUUAUCUGCAGUUUGUGCUUUUCCUCAGUAAAGUGUUGUCCUGUG